AUGCCUCACUAUGGUAACUCUCGUCCUUCAGCGGACUACUUCAACAGUAACUUAAAUAUCCAGAAUUUUGUCGUCGCUGACAUUACCAGCAACCGCAAUCAUGUUUAUUUUUAUGAUGAGCGUGCCCAAGGCAAGAAUGCAGAUGCCCUCUGUAGUUUAAGAAUACUUCACCAUUUAUCAACGCUGCAAGCUAAUGCAAUAAAUGGCGUGCCCCCGUCUGAAAUUUGCCUCAGCAUACUUGACAACUGCGUUGGCCAAAAUAAGUCGAAGGUUAAAGUGGUAUUGUGUUUUUUACUUCGUGGACAUUCACACAACAUUGCAGACAGAGUGAUUUCCUGGUGCCGCCGGGCUGUGUUUUUCUAG